GACACUGCACGAAACUUACACCGAAAGGAGAUGAAUUUAGAACAACGAAGAUAAAAUUUUCAAUGCUGUUCAACUCUAAAAGUCACCACUAAUGCGUAGUUUUGAAAUAAUCCCUUUUUCUACUAAAGAAAGAGAAUAUGGACGGUUCAAAUCGUCAGUCCAUCUCAUCACGUGUCCCCGUUGGAAAGCGACGCACGCUCGAUUCUGAGUCGCGACAGAAGCAAAACGAACUCUUUAAUAUAUAUCCGAAUCACCGUUAAUGCCCGGAACUCGACGAAUCUUCCGGUAGAGGUAUAACUACAAAAUAUAUAUAACAUAAAAACCUUUGAAAAGCACGACCACUCUCACUCUCUCCUCUUUUUCCUACUCCAUCGACCCUCCAAAGGCAAGAUAGCGUCCAUGGAACUCAUGUGAAUCUUAAAGACCCUGUAUGUUGGUAACGGUCUGAAAUCCUUUCGUGAAGUUAGGGUAAUCUGGUAAUUCGAAAGAUUGCCUCAAAACUGUAAUCGGUUCUCCCUGCUGUUAUCCAUUGCUCUCGCACGGUUUUGCAGUAUUUAGUAUUUUUCGUUUGUUGGGGUGUUUAGAAAUGAGUUGAAUUUUGGUGUGGCGGUGGGAAGGAUGGAAGCUGUUGAUGGUAAUGGCGAUCCAGCCACGUCUCCGUCUUCGGUCUUGCAUCAAACUCCUGAUGAGGUGGUUGGAACGCACAACCAAACAGCACCGAGCACUUUCCCGUGGGCUUCAAAGGUUGUGUCAGCAGGCCACCGGCGUAGAGGCAGUAGUUUUCAGAGAUGGAAGAACCAGUUGCAGAGGGCUUGGAAGUGGGGACCCAGCACGAGAGAACAGGGUUUGAAGUCGGCUUUUAAUCCUGAGGUCUUGGCGAAUCAGAAGCGGCAGUGGUACCAGCUUCACUCACAAGUGGACCAUAAGCAAUACAAGGAGCCCACAUCCUUAUUUGAACAAUUUUUUAUUGUGGGUCUUCACUCAGAUGCUAAUGUAGAGGCCAUCGAGGAUGCAUUUGCCAAAAGGAAGACCUGGGAGUCGGAGAUAGCAAAAUCCGAAAUCUUAGAUCUCAGAAAGCUUCACCAUCGCAGCCCUCCACUUCCUACACUGGAACCUCAGAUUCUUUUCAAGUAUCCUCCUAGGAAGAGCUUGGCCAUUCGGUUGAAGGAUUUAACAGCAUUCUGUUUUCCAGGAGGAGUUAAGGCUCGCAUGAUGGAGAGGACGCCAUCAAUGAGUGAUCUGAAUGAAAUUGUAUAUGGACAGGAGCAUCUAUCCAGAGAUGAUUUAUCUUUUAUUUUUUCUCUGAAGGUCGCAAACAAUCCAACCUUAUAUGGUGUUUGCUUACACGUCCAGGAAAUUGUUCAGAGGCCACCCAGUAUUUUAGGUGUUGUUUCACCACUCUCUCAGUCUUCUGGAGGGGGCAGUCGUUUUUUGGUUUCUGCACCUCGUUGUUAUUGCAUACUUACGAGGGUACCUUUUUUUGAGCUACACUAUGAGAUGCUGAACAGUAUAAUUGCACAGGAGCGUCUCGAAAGGAUAACUGAGUUUGUUAGUGAAAUGGCUCUCUCAGAUUAUGUUCCAUCAGUGAUUAGAAUGCAAGAUCAAAUGACUGAGAACUGUGAUUCCCCUAUAACGGAGGGUUCAGUAGAUUGGAUGACUUCUGCAAUACCCGUUGACAGUGUAUUAGGUCUUACUGCAGCUGCAGCAGGCCUCAUAUCAGAUAAUGAGGUCCAUUUGUUUUCACUUAGGCAAUUGGAGCCUCAGUCUCCUGAAAGUGUUUCUACCAGAGGGGCUUCUGAUUUAAGUCAAGGAAGAGAACUGGACGAGGAUACCAGAAAGAACUUGCAACAUUUUGAUGAUUAUGCAUCUGGGACCCCUGGAUCUCGCUCUGAUAGUUUUGAAAGAAUGAGUGGGAUCUAUGAAAAUGGUCAAACUUCACCAGAGCUUGGCACAUUUCACAGCAUUCUCGGCAACAAGUUAGAGCGUGUUGGAAGUUCAGAGUCGUUAUUCAGUUCAGUGAUGAGCAUGGGAUCGGAGGAUGAUGAUGUUGAUGAAGCUAGUUCUAAACAUGAAAUGAGGGCAGCAGAUGAACAAGUAAUGGAAUGGGCUAAGGAGCACAAAAAUGAUUUGUUACAGAUAGUUUGUGGUUAUCAUGCUCUACCUUUGCCACCCCGGGGAGCUGAAAUAGUUUUUCAGCCUUUAGAUCAUUUACAACCUAUUACGUAUAAUCGACCUGGAGUGGCCACUCUAGGCUUGAGCGGAAGUUAUGGUAAUAUAGAACAAGAUGGUUCUUCUUCAGAAGUUGCUGAGGUUAAUGCAAGGUUUGCAGCUGCCGAGGAAGCUGUUGCACUAUCACUAUGGACCACUGCGACAAUGUGCCGUGCUCUAUCUCUUGAAAGCGUUUUGGCAUUAUUUGCUGGAGCAUUACUGGAGAAACAAGUGAUCGUUGUAUGCCCAAAUUUGGGUAUCCUAUCAGCUAUCGUCCUGUCAGUUAUACCCAUGAUUCGCCCAUUUGAAUGGCAGAGUUUAUUGCUUCCAGUUCUGCCAAGAAAUAUGCUAGAUUUCCUUGAUGCUCCCAUUCCAUAUAUUGUAGGUGUGCAGCACAAACCAGCUGAUAUGAAGCUGAAAACUUCCAAUCUUGUCCGCAUCAAUGUGUACAAGGACCAGGUGAAGAUGGCUUCAUUGCCGCAACUUCCUCAACACAGACAACUUGCUGCAGAACUAGGGCCAAUCCAUGCCAGGCUUUCGUGUGAAAACUCUAUUGCCAAAAAGCAUCCUGUAUAUAAAUGCAAUGAAGUGCAGGCUGAAGCUGCUGGGCAGUUUUUGAAUGUCAUGAGACGCUAUUUGGAGUCACUUUGUUCAAAUUUGCGGUCUCAUACUAUCACCAGUGUGCGAUCGAACAAUGACAAGGUAUCUUUGCUUCUCAAGGACAGCUUUGUUGAUUCAUUCCCCCAUAGAGACCGACCCUUUGUUAAGCUUUUUGUAGAUACACAGCUAUUCUCUGUACUAUCUGAUUCUAGGCUCUCAAGCUACGAGAAUGAAUAGUUCCAACUGACAAGACAAUUCCAAGUUCCAUAUGUUAAGCUCCAACAUGCAAACCAUGAGAAGAUAUUUGGGAUACAGCAACAAAGAAAUAUGAUAUGAUUACACACUAUUUAUCAGUCGAUAAAGCAUGCACUGAUCUUACAAUGGAUUGUCUUUACCUCCUCCAAUUAUUUUGCAUUGGAGCUUUGGGGAUAGAGAUAAUUACAUGCUGGAAUCUAGUUGAUUUGUAGCAAAAUAAUCAAAGGUUGUUGUCAUUGAGGAGCAGCCUGCCAGCAGAAGACUUGGGCUGAUGAAAGAUCAGCAUCUCAAAUUUAAACGAAAGGAAUAUACAUUGCACUUGCCAGAAUUUGCUUCCAUAUAACUGUAAAUCUGUACUGUAACUGAUAAACAAGUCUUCAACAGGGAUAGGUUGUGACUGUUAAAGAAUAAAUCCAUGUUCAUUUUCA